CUCAAAGCCCGGCCAUCCGGCUGCAUUCAAUCCUGCAUUAUUUGUUCUGCUUUGUUUGUUGAGCUCAUCUCGGGUUUCCCAGCUCUUGCUCCACCCCACAGGGAUCAGGAGGCAGAAAGCGAUUAGUUGGCACUAAAACUAUUUCCCAGUGGGAACUCUCGGAGUAAAGUCCUGUCCUCACUCACAUGCUCUCUGAAGAAUGCUCCGAGCAUGGCCGUAGCGGCGGCAGCAGCAGGAGCCCCGGGCAGCCGGGUCCACCGAAGUGGUUUGCUGGAAGUUCUGGUGAAGGACAGGUGGCACAAAGUGGUGGCCAACUUAUGUGACACCACCCUGGUCCUGAGCAGCGAAGACAGAGGAGGGGACAACAUCAGCUCCAAUGGCAUAACAAAUGGCUCCUACAGGAACCCCCAGGACUCUAGUAGCCCCAAAGGGGUAAGAACUGCCUACACUGACCUGCCAGAGCAAGUGCCAGAGGCUAUUGCCAAUAAGAAGAGGCAGGUCAAGGUGCUAAAGCAGGAGUUGGGGGGGUUGGGCAUUAGUAUCAAAGGGGGCAAGGAGAACAAGAUGCCCAUCCUGAUCAGUAAGAUUUUCAAGGGACUUGCUGCGGAUCAGACCCAUUCACUGUACGUGGGGGAUGCCAUCCUGUCUGUCAAUGGGGUGGAUCUGAGGGAUGCCACUCACGAUGAGGCUGUGCAGGCACUGAAGAAGGCUGGCAGGGAGGUGACCCUGGAGGUGAAAUAUAUGCGAGAAGCCACUCCGUAUGUGAAGAAAGGGUCCCCGGUAACAGAAAUAGGUUGGGAAACUCCUCCACCAGAAUCCCCUCGAUUAGGGAAUCCCUCAACAUUGUCUCCAUCACCUGUCCCUGUGCCCAUCCAUGGAGAUAGGAAGACCAUUCCCCUCAAGAUGUGCUUUGUGACAAGGGCAAUGACACUUUCCGAUCCAGAAAGCAGACAUUUUGAGUUGCAUUCACCUGAUGCCAAGCACACAGUGGUACUAAAAAGUAAAGAUCCACCUACAGCUCAGGCCUGGUUCAGCGCCAUACAUUCAGCAGCCAGCGACUUGGCGAACAAGGUCAUUCCGGAAGUCAAGGAACAGCUGGGAAAAAAUGGGAUUUCCGGAAGCCAUGAAAUUCGGCACCUGGGGUGGCUGGCAGAGAAGGUUACGGGUGAAAAUGACAAGCAGUGGAAACCUGUUCUGGUUGUGUUAACCGAGAAGGACCUGCUAAUGUAUGACAGUAUGCCUCGAAUGAAGGAGUUAUGGUACAGUCCUGUGCACAGCUACCCACUUAUUGCCACCAGACUGGUCCAUUCUGGCCCUGGAAAAGGAUCUUCGCUGCCGGGCACAGAAUUCUCAUUUGCCACCCGUACCGGAUCCAGACAGGGGAUCGAGACCCAUCUGUUCCGGGUAGAAACCGGCAGAGACCUCUCACUGUGGACGAGGUACAUUGUACAGGGCUGCCACAACUCAGCAGAGCUCAUCAAGGAGAUCACCACCCCCUGUACUUAUAAGAAUCAGGACUGCCGACUGGUCAUAAAUUAUGACCAUGGAUUCACGGUAACGGCGGAGUCUGCAGAUGGUACUUUUUCGAAGCCACUGGCCCAAUAUCCAUAUGAAAAACUUAAGAUGUCUUCAGAUGACGGGGUUAAAAUGCUCUAUUUAGACUUUGGAGGCAAAGAUGGAGAGAUUCAGUUGGAUCUUCACUGUUGCCCAAAGCCCAUUGUUUUCAUCAUUCAUUCCUUCCUCUCGGCUAAGAUUACGAGACUCGGCUUGGUGGCCUGAGGACCAUGAGAUGGUCUCUGGAGAGAAGAUCAGACAGACAUCCUUAAACUGUAAUAGGCAAUAGAUAGCAUUAGCAAAAAACGACUUUAAUUUCAACAUCUUCACAGGUCCGGGGAAGAGACGUCAAAAGAAAAGGAAAAAAAACACAUAAAAGCAUCGUAUAUUUCAUGACUACUUGGAGAAAACCACAAGCCACUUUUGAUGAUUGACAAAAACCUUUUUUUGUGCUGGCCUUUACAUGAAGGACUUGGUUGCCCAAAGAAUCUGGCAGUUGUUGGGUUAUUCCUUAUGGUUGGACUAUUCUAGGAGAGAUAAUAAAGGGGGCAAAGGUUUUAUCCCCAGGUUUUAAUGACCGACACUACACUGAAUCAUGGGGUUAAGACAUAGCAAGUGAUAAAUACGAGCAUUCUCCUGGAGGUUCACUCUACUGAAAUCAUCCCGAUAACCCUCUUUUUGACCGCAGCCGUUAGAAGCCGUUAUACCAUAACUCUCAUCCUCUGC